AGAAGCAGCUGGUGGAGCUGAGAGAGUCGCUCAUCAUGAUGCAGUCUCUGCUCGAAGUUGCGGAGGACAUGAAGAAAAGUCAUGACGCAGUAAGGAAUUGGUUGCAGAGGGUCGAAGAUGAAGCUCACAAUCUGGUGGAUUUACUGGAUGAAUAUGCUUAUGCAGUUCAUCAGCAGGAAGUUGGGACUAAAAACCAAAUCAAGAAACAGGUGCAGACUUUCUCUUCUCUAUUCACAUCCAUGCCUCGCAAAAUUAAGGAGAUUAAGGAGUCUUUUGAUAACAUUAGACGAGAGGCAAGUUUGAUCAAUCUACUCCAUAAUCAUCCAACUCUUAGCCAAGAUCCUAUUGAGACAACCCCCUAUUCUUCUGAUAAUUCAGAAGUUUUGGGAAGGGAUGAUGAUGUCUCAAAAGUUGUCAGAUUGCUGUCUGACUUGAGCAGGCAAAAUCCUCUCUCUGGGCUUUCCAUAGUAGGAAUGCCAGGUGUUGGAAAGACGACAUUAGCCAGAUCGAUAUAUAAGAGGGCAGAGGAAGAAAACUUGUAUGAUCUGGUGGCCUGGGUGUGUUUGUCUAAGAAUUUUGAUGAAAAAAUGAUUUUAAGAGGUAUGUUGGAAUAUCUUGGUAGCAAUGGUGGUCCAAUGGUUAAUCCUGGUGCAAUACUUAAAAGGCUUAAAAGCAUGUUAGAAAAUAAAAGAUUUCUUCUUGUUCUUGAUGAUGUGUGGAAUGAAGAUCCUCGUAACUGGAAGAGACUCUUCUCUUAUUUGUUAAAUAUUUUGAAAACUACUGGGAACUCUAUUGUUGUAACAACUAGUAGUAAACAGGUAGUAGCUUCAACUUCUCUAAUGGAUGCAGUUCCUAUGCAAGAGUAUGAAUUGCAGAAGCUGUCAGAUGAAGGAUGUCGGUUAAUAAUGGAGGAGAAGAUUCUCAGAUCAUCCAGAAUAACUACAAUACCUAUGGAUUUGUUAGAUAUCGCAAAACAGUGUGGGGGCUUGCCACUAGUUGCAGCUGUCAUUGGUGAAACAUUGAGCCAUCAUACGGAUGCAGAUGAGUGGUUGGCUAUAAAGAAUAAUAUGGUAUGGGAUUCACCACAUAGAAUGGAGAUUGUAUCUAAACUAAAGAAAAGUUUCGAUCAUUUGCCUUCACCCUUGAAAAAAUGCUUUUCUUACUGUUCAAUUUUUCCAAAAGGUUUUGAAAUUAGAAGGGAUGAUCUAGUCCAACUUUGGCUUGCUAGAGGGUUUCUUCACCAAUAUGAUGACCGCAAAUCAGAUAAAGAAGAGGAUGUUGGUGACAAGUACCUCAAUGAUUUGGUCUCCAAUUACUUAUUCCAAGAUGUGGAGAUGGAUAAGUAUGGAAAUAUCAAGUCUUGCAAGAUGCAUGAUGAUGUGCAUAACCUUGCAUUGUUUAUUUCAAAAUAUGAAACAUGUAUUUGGCCAGAUAGCUGUCCCAUUGAGGAGAGUUCUAGAUUUCGACAUAUGAGGGUCAUUUCUGAUGCUAAUCUUCAAGCCUUUCCAAGUGGUGUUGCUCACAGGUUGCGAUCUUUGUUCUUGGAGGUUGAUGUUUUCCGCACCAGGGCUUUACCCCUCAGAAGUUUGCAAUCUUUAAAACUAGCAGCUGUUGACAGAAAAAAGUUGCAAGAAUAUCUUGGCAAAUUGAAGUGUUGUAUGAAAUACCUUGACAUAUCAGAAAGUGAAAUUAAAGGACUACCUGAAUCUGUCACGAUGCUCUACAAUUUGCAGACUUUAAGAUUCAUGGGAUGCGGAUCAUUGAUGGAUCUUCCAAGCGAUAUUGGAAAUCUAGUUAGCUUGAGGCAUAUUCAUUUUAAUGAUGAAAGGCACAUGCCACGUGGUGUCGGGAAGUUAACUUCUCUUCAGACUUUGCCACUAUUUGUUGUGGGCACCAAAAAGGGGCAAAGAAUUGAAGAACUUAAAUAUUUAAGCCAACUCCGAGGAAAACUGAAAAUUUACAACCUGGAGCAAGUACGUGAAUCAGAAGCUACUGAAGCAAAACUAGAAGCAAAGGUAAAAUUGUUGAAGUUGCAAUUUGUGUGGAGUAAAAAUAGAGCCAUCAGCAACAGCGAUGAGGUUGUUCUGGAUCACCUUCGACCUCACUCAAAUUUGAAAAGCUUAACUAUUGAGAAUUAUAAGGGAGUCAACUUCCCCUCAUGGAUGGUGAAGGAUGUCAGCAGUUCAGCCUCUUCAUUUCGACUCAACAGUAUUGUGAAGUUGAAAUUAAUUGAUUGUGAUGAAUGUGGUGAUAUUUUGUGUCUUGGACUCUUGCCCAAGCUUAAGGUUCUCAAUAUAAGGGCAAUGUCAAAAGUGAAGAGGAUUGGCAGCACAUUUUAUUAUAACAGAAGCAACAUUGCAAGCAGCAGCCAGGAUGUCGGACGGUCAAUCACACCAUUUCCAGCUUUGAGAAAACUCAUUUUAAGUAACAUGACAAAGCUGGAGGAAUGGACAGCAGAAGACACAGAUGUGUUUCCUAGCCUAGACGAGCUGCAUAUUAAGGAUUGCCCUGAGUUCAAAACAUGGUGGAUAGAUGGAUCUGCAUCUCCUAUGCUCUCUAUACUAAGCAUACAUUCAUGUCCGAACCUGCAGGCUAUCCCAAGGAGGCAGUUGAAUUUAAUAUCUCUUGAUAUAAAUGAUUGUCCCAAUUUAAUGGGAUAUGCUGAGGAACACAGUCCCAAAUGGUGCAACAUUUGCCACAUUCACAGCAUCAGAAUCAAUGGCUGGGUGGUAAGAUCCCAAAGGUGAAGUUGCUCAUUACCGUGGAGAGUUGAAAUCAUAACAUAUGAUGCUCAGAGUUCAUUGAAGCUAGUCCCCGGUUCAGUGAUGGGGAACACUGAGAUGUAGAGACAGUUUAACGUUUGUAACAGAGAUUCACAAGACAGAAUCCUAUCAGUGUCAUAAGUUGUCUCUUCAUGCCCUGUUUGAUACAAAGAUGGAUGAGAGAGAUACAGAUCAAGGAUUCAGAAUAUAUGCAUUGCAAAGCUGAUUUUACAGAGGUAAUUAAUCUUUUCUAUAACAAACUAGGUAGUUAUUCUGGUGAAGUUGUUGAUCCAAGUAUCUUUUGCUACAUUCUUGAUGAUGAUCAGACUCAUUCACUUCAGGCCAGACCCCUUGCUACAAGAAGCUCCUAUUAGUCACAAAUUCUCAAGAUUUUGUUCACUGGUUUCUGAUAAAUCCUUCUGUGUUAGAGGCUUCCUCAAUCUGCUUUGCAAUCUGUAAUCUACUUUGACUGUUCUUGAAUCUAAAUUUCAUGUUCAGGAGACUUCCAACUAUCAGUUCAUUGUCUACAUCCAAUUGUUCAUAAUCAGACUUCCCUGAUGUUGCCAGGUUCCUACAUGCUGUAUGAAGUGAAUAUUUAAGCUUAGGUUAAAUGCCGUAGACAUCCAUCUUUUUCCCUUUUGUUAGAAGGUUUUUGAGUUCUGCAAACAAUCCCAUUAUCAGUUCAAACUCGUUCCUCAUAAGCUUUUCUCAUCUUUAUUAUACUGGAUGGCAUGAGGUAUUGCUUCUGAAUUUUUUUCUUUAGCUUUCUUCUUGGUCCUGGAUACCAAUGCAAAGUUCAAAGUAGAUGUUUUCCUCUAAGUCCUUCACUAAGACAGGGUGAAUUUCUUACCUUCUAUUUUCAUGAUAUGAAAUGCAAUUAGACAUAAAAGUUUUAGAAAGCAACAGGAAACAUGCACCAAACUUCUUUUACGGUUUAUAAAUUUGCAAGUUAGAAUGUCUUUAAAACACUACUAGGAAAGUUGAAUUGGAGUUAUGCAGAAUUUUCCUCUUGGUACCUCAAAAGCACCACUGCAAAAACUUGUACGGCAGCUGCAUUUGUUUUGGCAUUCAAUGUGGGAAAAAAAAUUUUGGGAUGCUAGAUUCCUUUUCAAAGAUUUUACUAUUGUUAUGUAUGCAGUAGAAGAAAAAAAAAAAGUCUUUCUGCAUCAACUUCUGCAUCUCAUUGGCUUUAGGGUUUGUCAAAAUAUUCAAUUUUGAUGGAGAGGAAGGUUUGUUAGAAUGGUGAAGAGACCCCCUUUUCAGGAGCUGAGAACUGGGUUUUGCACUAAUUUGAUGUAUGUACUUUUGCAGGAGCCAUGAACCCAAUGUCUCUACAACAAAAUAACAAUCAAAGGUCUAGUUUCAUGAUUCUUAUGAUUGUUCCUAUCAGAGGAAAGACGCAUUUGAGAGAGCAUUGGUGAAUGUUCCAAAAUUUCCCUUAAUCCAAUAAUAAAUGGACUUAAGGAGGAAUUGAAGCCUCAAGAGAUGAAAUUAGUGUUGAUGGAGAUCUAUUACAGCAUCUGCUUGUAGAAGGAAAAUCAAAUAUUAUCAAAUGCCACUCGGAGUUCAUAAAUAAAGCUGGUUAUCUUAAUACCUCAAAAAGACUUCUGCAAGAGUAUGUGCAGUAGCUGCAUUUGUUUUGGCAUUCAGUGGGUGAGAAGAUUUCAUUAUUGUUGUAAGUCUCUAGUCCUACUAGAGAAGAAACUUUGUAAGAAUGUUAUUUCAUAGUGGACGUUUUUACCUGCACUAGGUCCCAUGGAUUUUUCCCCUUUGGGGUUUUUCACAUAAAAAAUUGUGUCUUGA